CAACCAUGAAGCAACCUGUGCCAAUCAUACCCUAAUUCCGUCCCGUGCGGUCCACCUUACUUCCGGCCUGUGCGUUCCACACACGGGAAGUGGGUGAUCAUCGAUUGCUGCAGCCUCUCACUGUCGGUCGAGGUCAGGUAAUGAUUGGUUCUGAAUCUAUCAUCAACCGUCAGGGUGAACAUCUUACAAAUAUGAUGACAGAAGAUAUAGAGGGAGAAGUAGAGACGUAUGUAACUGAUAUGAGGACAGAAGAAACUGAGGAAGAAGAAGAGGCGUAUGUGACUGCUAUGAAGGCAGAAGAACCGGAAGGAGAAGAGACGUGUGUGACCGAUACAAAGGCAAAAGGUAUAGAGGGAGAAGAAGAGACGUAUGUGACUGACAUGAAAGCAGAAUAUACAGAGGGAGAAAAAGAGAUGUAUGUGACUGAUAUGAAGGCAGAAGAUAUAGAGGGAGAAGAAGAGGCGUAUGUGACUGCUAUGAAGGCAGAAGAACCGGAAGGAGAAGAGACGUGUGUGACUGAUAUGAAGGCAGAAGAUAUAGAGCGAGAAGAAGAGACGUAUGUGACUGAUAUGAAGGCAGAAGAUACGGAGGGAGAAGAGACGUAUGUGACUGAUAUGAAGACAGAAGAUACGGAGGGAGAAGAGACGUAUGUGACUGAUAUGAAGGCAGAAGAUAUAGAGCGAGAAGAAGAGACGUAUGUGACUGAUAUGAAGGCAGAAGAUACGGAGGGAGAAGAGACGUAUGUGACUGAUAUGAAGGCAGAAGAUAUAGAGGGAGAAGAAGAGACGUAUGUGACUGAUAUGAAGACAGAAGAUACGGAGGGAGAAGAGACGUAUGUGACUGAUAUGAAGGCAGAAGAUAUAGAGCGAGAAGAAGAGACGUAUGUGACUGAUAUGAAGGCAGAAGAUAUAGAGGGAGAAGAAGAGACGUAUGUGACUGAUAUGAAGGUAGAAGAUAUAGAGGAAGAAGAAGAGGUGUAUGUGACUGAUAUGAAGGCAGAAGAUAUAGAGGGAGAAGAAGAGACGUAUGUGACUGAUAUGAAGGCAGGAGAUAUAGAGGAAGAAGAAGAGAUGUAUGUGACUGAUAUGAAGGUAGAAGAUAUAGAGGGAGAAGAAGAGACGUAUGUGACUGAUAUGAAGGCAGAAGAUACAGAGGGAGAAGAAGAAAUGUAUGUGAGGGAUGAUAAGCAGUGUUUGGAGGACAAAAUCCCUACAGAUAUCAGCACAGGUGAAUGUAACAGAAGAAAUAUAUGGGCUGAACGUCCCAUUGUAUCGCGAGAUUGUGAAAUUGAAGCUAAAGAUAUCAUGCGAGAUUCUAACUCUGUGAUCCCAACUCUACAUCCAGAGCCUCAAAGUGCAGAUAUAUUAUCUCUUACCUCUAACCAAGAGGAAUGUUCACCUGUUAACUCAGAUAUUGGUCCGUCCAUCACAUCUCUUAGAGAAGAUACAAUAUUUCCCAGUACUGUACAGGACAAAUGUUUUACACAGAGCACGAAGCUUAUUACCCAUCAGCCACCUGAGACAGGCGAGAGGCCAUUUCCAUGCUGUAAGUGUGGAAACUGUUUUUCACAGAAAUCACAUCUUGUUCUACAUGAGAGAAGUCACACCGGUGAGAGGCCAUUUUCCUGCUCUGAAUGCGGAAAAUGUUUUAAACUCAAAUCACAGCUUGUUAAACAUCAGAGAAGUCACACAGAUGAGAGGACAUUUCCAUGCUCUGAGUGUGGGAAAUGUUUUACAUGCAAAUCACAGCUUGUUAUACAUGAGAGAAGUCACACAGGUGAGAAACCAUUUCCAUGUUCUGAGUGUGGGAAAUGUUUUACACACAAAUCAACUCUUGUUAAUCAUUAUAGAAGUCACACAGGUGAGAGGACAUUUCCAUGCUCUGAGUGUGGGAAAUGUUUUACAUUCAAAUCAAAGCUUGUUAUACAUGAGAGAAGUCACACAGGUGAGAAACCAUUUCCAUGUUCUGAGUGUGGGAAAUGUUUUACUUGCAAAUCAACUCUUGUUAAUCAUUAUAGAAGUCACACAGGUGAGAGGACAUUUCCAUGCUCUGAGUGUGGGAAAUGUUUUACAUGCAAAUCACAGCUUGAUAUACAUGAGAGAAGUCACACAGGUGAGAAACCAUUUCCAUGUUCUGAGUGUGGGAAAUGUUUUACUUGCAAAUCAUAUCUUGUUAUACAUGAGAGAAGUCACACAGGUGAGAAACCAUUUCCAUGUUCUGAGUGUGGGAAAUGUUUUAAUCAGAAAUCAGAUCUUGUUAUACAUGAGAGAAGUCACACAGGUGAGAAACCAUUUCCAUGUUCUGAGUGUGGGAAAUGUUUUGCACGCAAAUCACAACUUGUUAUACAUGAGAUAAUUCACACAGGUGAGAAACCAUUUCCAUGUUCUGAGUGUGGAAAAUGUUUUACUUACAAAUCAACUCUUGUUAAUCAUUAUAGAAGUCACACAGGUGAGAAACCAUUUCCAUGUUCUGAGUGUGGGAAAUGUUUUACUUGCAAAUCAACUCUUGUUAAUCAUUAUAGAAGUCACACAGGUGAGAGGACAUUUCCAUGUUCUGAGUGUGAGAAAUGUUUUACAUUCAAAUCAAAGCUUGUUACACAUGAGAGAAGUCACACAGGUGAGAAACCAUUUCCAUGUUCUGAGUGUGGGAAAUGUUUUAAUCAGAAAUCAGAUCUUGUUAUACAUGAGAGAAGUCACACAGGUGAGAAACCAUUUCCAUGUUCUGAGUGUGGGAAAUGUUUUAAUCAGAAAUCAGAACUUGUUAUACAUGAGAGAAGUCACACAGGUGAGAAGCCAUUUCCAUGUUCUGAGUGUGGGAAAUGUUUUACAUGCAAAUCAAAGCUUGUUAUACAUGAGAGAAGUCACACAGGUGAGAAACCAUUUCCAUGUUCUGUGUGUGGGAAAUGUUUUACUUUCAAAUCAACUCUUGUUAUGCAUCAGAGAAGUCACACAGGUGAGAAACCAUUUCCAUGUUCUGAGUGUGGGAAAUGUUUUAAUCACAAAUCAGAUCUUGUUAUACAUGAAAGAAGUCACACAGGUGAGAAACCAUUUCCAUGUUCUGAGUGUGGGAAAUGUUUUGCACGCAAAUCAUAUCUUGUUAUACAUGAGAGAAGUCACACAGGUGAGAAACCAUUUCCAUGUUCUGAGUGUGGGAAAUGUUUUACUCUCAAAUCAGAUCUUGUUAUACAUGAAAGAAGUCACACAGGUGAGAAACCAUUUCCAUGUUCUGAGUGUGGGAAAUGUUUUGCACGCAAAUCAUAUCUUGUUAAACAUCAGAGAAGUCACACAGGUUAAAAGCCAUUUCCCUGCUCUGAGUGUGGGAAAUGUUUUGCAGAAAAUCAACUCAAUAUUUCUAGAGAGGAUAUUCUAGAUUUGGCUUUGACAUAAAUGGACAUCAACAGACGCAGCCUAAUUAAUAAAGGGAAUAGAAAAGUUAUAAAGAGUUUAGAAAAAUAUUUGUUUCAUUUAUAUAAAAAACAAGCCCUAAUUAAAAUUUAUAAAUAGAUUUGAGAUAUAUACAAAGAUUUAACAAGCCCAUCACACUAUGCUCAUGUACAAUUUUGCCAUUAUUUUUAUGAUUGCAUUUUUUUCUUGUUUUUAUAUUUUUAUUAAUACUUUACAAACAAUAUAGUACAGGCAAUUUGUUACAUGUUACUGGCGCUGUGCAAACUCUGCGUAGAUAUAGAAAAAAGGAUGAGACUUUGUAUCAAACAUUAAUAAAGUGUAAAUAUAAUUAUUAUAAAAUGUAAUUUGCAUAAAAAGUCUCAAUAAAG